ACAGGGGGGUGGAGGACACUGAAUGGAGGCCAGUGGAGGGAAUGACAGAGAGGGGUGGAGGACACUGAGUGGAGGCCAGUGGAGGGAUUGGCAGGGGGGGUGGAGGACACUGAGUGGAGGCCAGUGGAGGGAUGAAUGGAGGCCAGUGGAGGGAUUGGCAGGGGGGGUGGAGGACACUGAGUGGAGGCCAGUGGAGGGAAUGACAGAGGGGGGUGGAGGACACUGAAUGGAGGCCAGUGGAGGGAUUGGCAGGGGGGGUGGAGGACACUGAGUGGAGGCCAGUGGAGGGAAUGACAGAGGGGAGUGGAGGUCAGUGGAGGGAAUGACA